UCGAUUGAAUCUGUUUUUAUCAAAAUUUGAGGUAUCUUCUAUAAAGACAAUAGUAUUUUAAAAGUAAAAAUUGCUUUACUAAAAUGGUGCAAGAACUGUUAAAUGAAUCUACAAAAGAAAUGCCACUAAUGAAUUCAGAACGAAGGAGUCAUUUGCUUGAUGAAGAAUUUAUUCGCUCGUCUGAUAAUCAGCAAAAACCAAUGGGCAAGGUACAAAUGAAAAAGCAAUUAGGCCUUUUAGAAGGAAUAGCUAUCAUAUUGGGAAUUAUAUUUGGCUCAGGUAUUUUUAUUUCGCCAAAGGGAGUAAUACAAGAAGUAGGUAGUGUAGGAUUAUCUCUGAUUAUAUGGGUGCUAUGUGGCCUGCUCUCUACGGUAGGUGCCUUAUGUUAUGCAGAGUUGGGCACUAGCAUACCUCGCAGUGGUGGAGAUUAUGCUUACAUUCAUGAAGCUUUUGGUGCAUUGCCUUCGUUUUUAUAUUUAUGGGCCGCUAAUUUAAUUUUUGUACCUACAACAAACGCUAUCAUGGCACUGACAUUUGCUCAGUAUGUCGUGAAACCAUUUUUUCUUGAUUGCGACACUCCGGUUUACGGUGUGCGAUUAAUCGCUGCACUGAGUAUAUGUUUCCUCACUUUCAUCAAUUGUUAUGACGUGAAAGAAACAUCAAAAAUGCAGAAUGUAUUUAUGUUUGCUAAAAUUGGGGCAUUAGUGAUUAUUAUUAUAGCUGGAUUAAUCUGGCUUUGCUUAGGACACAAUGAAAAUUUUGAAAAUAGUUUCAAAAACACGAACACCGACCCUGGCAAAAUCGCUGUUGCUUUUUACUCUGGCAUAUUUUCUUAUUCAGGAUGGAAUUAUUUAAAUUUUAUGACGGAAGAACUAAAAAAUCCUUAUGUAAAUUUACCACGUGCGAUUUACAUAUCACUGCCGCUAGUGACUUUAAUAUAUGUUAUGGCAAAUGUUGCUUAUCUAACUGUUUUAACUCCGACUGCUAUGAUCGCUUCCAACGCUAUCGCUGUGACUUUUGGAAAUCAACUUCUCGGAUAUAUGUCCUGGAUAAUACCUGUAAUGGUAGCUGUGUCCGCUUUUGGUGGACUGAGCGUUCAUAUUAUGACAUCAUCCAGAAUGUGCUUUGUCGGUGCUAGAAAUGGUCACUUUCCCUCAAUGCUGAGCUACAUCAAUAUGACCAGACUCACACCUAUGCCUGCCUUAAUCUUUUUGUGUAUUCUGUCUCUCAUAAUGUUAUGCACGGGUGAUAUAUUUGUACUGAUUACAUACUGCAGUAUAGUAGAAUCAUUUUUCAUUAUGAUCUCGGUAGCUGGAAUUUUAUGGCUGCGUUAUAAAAGACCUAACAUAGAACGACCAAUCAAGAUACCAUUAUGGAUACCUAUACUGUUCGUAGCAUUAUGUGCUUUUCUGGUUAUUGUACCAUGCUACCGAAGACCAUAUGAAGUUGGUAUGGGGAUUCUGAUCACUGUGUCUGGUAUACCUGCAUAUUUCAUCGGUGUUGCUUGGAAAAGCAAACCAUUGUGGUUCCAAAAUAUUAACAUUAAAGCUACUCACGCUGUACAGAAAUUAUUUCUGUCUGCAAAGGAAGAACUUGAAGUCAAUUAAGUAAAUGGUAAUUCUACUCCAUCAUUUAAUUUAAUUUAAUUCAAUUCAGUCGGAUACGAUGUUAUACAUUUGCCAAAUUACUUUGAGAUUUCAG